AUGCCACAUCUCGAAUUAAUCGCUACAUUAGAAGGUCAUCAAGACCGAGUUUGGCAAGCAUCUUGGCACCCAACAAAGACUUUGCUAGCAACUUGCUCAGGCGAUAAAACUGUGCGUUUAUGGAAACCAGCUUCGCACAACAAUUUCUCAGAAUGGCACUGUGUAGAGACACUGGAAGGAGCACACAAGCGUACGAUCCGUAGUGUUGCAUGGUCGCCCACAGGCAACGAAUUGGCCACUGCUAGUUUUGAUGCUACAACCGGCAUUUGGGAAAACGAUCCACGAGACAACGAUUGGGAAUGUGUAGCUACUUUGGAAGGUCAUGAAAACGAGAUCAAAUCCGUGUCCUGGUCUUCCACUGGCGCCUUGUUGGCUACCUGCAGUAGAGAUAAAAGCGUUUGGAUUUGGGAGGUGGAAUCAGACAACGAUUUUGAAUGUUUGAGUGUGUUGCAGGAACACACACAAGACGUUAAGAUGGUAGCAUGGCAUCCCAAGCUAGAGAUUUUGGCUUCUGCUAGUUAUGAUGAUACAAUCAAGAUUUGGAAGGAGGAUGAAGAUGAUUGGUACUGUGCUGAUACGCUGGAAGGCCAUACAUCGACUGUUUGGUCUCUUGAUUUCGAUGCAGAGGGCGAACAAAUUGUGUCUGCUUCUGAUGACCAAACGUUGCGAAUCUGGAAAAUGUAUAAGCCCAACAACCCACAGGGUAUUCCAACACACAAUGGCGAGGCAACAUGGAAGACCAUCUGCACAUUGUCUGGUUUCCAUGACCGAUGCAUCUAUUCAGUGUCAUGGUCCAAGGUAAACAACUGCAUUGCCAGUGUCAGUGGCGAUAAUAGCAUUCGUAUUUUUGAAAAGGAUACGGAGGCUUCAACAGACGACGAUGCACCUACAUGGAAAAACACAACCACCAUCAAAGACGCUCAUGGUGUAUACGACAUCAACGGUGUUUCGUGGUUCCCCAACGACCAGCAUGCAGACUGGCUCUCGACAGUGGGUGAUGAUGGCCUCGUUCGUAUUUGGAGACUGGUUCAAGACUAG